UCUCAUAUUUACUUUAAAUAAAAAUAAAAACCCUAACGGCGCUAAACCCUUCGUUAUCAUCUCCUACAGCGGCACCGCCCUUGUUCAGUUUUUCCUCCCGAUACUGAUUAUUAGUUUCUCUUCCUUCUCAGAACCCUGAUAGUUCGUUCCCAGUGAGAAUUUCUCAGACCCUAGCUGAAACCCACUAUGAGGAAACCAAAAUCCAAGAAAUCAUCAGUUCGUCAAGAAAAACGGCUAUCUGAGGUACACGAAAUCGAAUUACUUGAAUCAUGGAUAAAUUCUGGAAAACCAGAUUCAGGUACAAAUCCAUCAGCUAUGAAACCAUUACCAUCAAAAUCUCCAGUUGGUAAAAUAGGUGAAGAUACCUACUCUACUUAUGUAGGUUGUACAAAAUUUAAACAAUUACCUAUGUCAAAGAAAACUAUUGAUGGUUUAGUUAAAGGAAAGUAUAAAGAAAUGACUGAUAUUCAACGUGCUUCAUUGCCACAUUCAUUAUGUGGUAGAGAUAUAUUGGGUGCUGCCAAAACUGGCUCUGGAAAAACUCUUGCCUUUGUCCUCCCGAUAUUAGAGAAGUUGUAUAAAUUGAGAUGGGGUCCUGAAGAUGGAGUUGGAAGCAUUAUAAUUACUCCCACAAGGGAAUUAGCGGGUCAAAUUUUUGAGGUACUGACUGAGGUAGGGAAGCACCAUGGUUUCAGUGCUGGACUUCUAAUUGGUGGACGCAAAGAUGUUGGAUCUGAGAAGGAGCGUGUUAAUGAGUUGAACAUCUUGGUGUGUACUCCUGGACGGCUUCUUCAGCAUAUGGAUGAGACUCCAAACUUCGAUUGUUCACAACUUCAGGUUUUGGUGCUAGAUGAAGCAGACAGGAUUCUUGAUGACGGUUUUAAAGCAGAAAUGAAUAAUAUUAUAUCACAGCUCCCAAAGCAGCGGCAGACCUUACUUUUCUCAGCUACCCAAACAAAGUCUGUCAAGGAUCUUGCUAGAUUGAGUUUGAAAGAUCCAGAGUAUAUCAACGUGCAUGAGGAGGACGCGGAUGCCACCCCUUCUCUUUUGCAACAAACGGCAAUUAUUGUUCCUCUUCAUCAGAAGUUGGAUAUGUUAUGGAGCUUUAUAAAGGCGCAUCUGAAAUCAAAGAUUCUUGUAUUUCUGUCAACAUGCAAACAGGUAAAAUUUGUCUUUGAAGUGUUUAAGAAGCUGCAUCCAGGAAUUCCCUUAAAGUGUCUACAUGGGCGGAUGAAGCUCGAGAGAAGGAUGAUCAUAUAUUCCCAGUUUUGUGAGUCUGAAACGUGCUCAGUCCUCUUCUCAACCGACGUUUCUUCAAGAGGCCUUGAUUUCAAGAAGGAGCCGGUCGAUUGGGUUGUACAGGUGGACUGUCCAGAUGAUGAAAAAUCUUACAUUCACCGAGUUGGUCGCACUGCUCGUAAUUGUGCUGUAGGGAAAUCUGUGUUAUUUCUUGAUCCCUCGGAAGAAGAAAUGCUCAAAAAAUUGCACUCAAAAAAAGUACCAAUAAAGCUGAUUAAGGCAAACACGAAAAAGUUGCAGUCAGUUUCUGGGUUAGUGGCUGCAUUACUAGUUAAGUAUCCAAGUAUGCAGCAUCUCGCUCAAAGGGCUUUCGUCACAUAUGUUAGAUCUAUACAUAAACAGGGAGAUAAAGAAGUGUUCGACGUUACGAAAGUUCCCAUUGAGGAGUUCUCCGCGUCACUAGGUCUUCCUAUGACCCCAAAGCUCCGUUUCUUGAAUAAGAAAACUAUAUCAAAACCAUUGCUAGAAGUUGUGGCUUCUCAAGAAGAGAAUGCCACAAGUGAUGAUGUGUCAAUGUUGCUGAAACUGAAAAAGGUCAACAAUAGCCAGCCAGAUGGUGAAGCUGAAAAUGAUCAGGAUACUCAAAUGGAUGGAGGAAAUAAAGCUACAAACGAGAUUAGUGUCUUGGUAGCCAGGGUUCCGAAGAAAAAGAAGCUUAAAAUAAAUCCGCACAGGCCAUUUGGGACAAGGCUUAUCAUUGAUGAAGGCGAUUUACUUCCUCCACUUGCAACAAUUUCCAAGAGAGACAAUGGCUCCAUUGAGGUUGACAGAGAGUCUAUAAAAGCAUUCCGUGCGAACCAACUGGAAGAUAUGAAAAAACGGGACAAAGAGGAUAAAGUUUUGCAAAAAAAACGACUUCAAGAGAAGCGAACAAAGCAGAAGGAGAAGGAGAAGAGAGGGAGAGAUGAAAAAGAAAGCGAAGAAGAUGGUGAGCUUACCUCUGGAUCAGAUAGAGAAGAAGCAGGUGCCAGAUCCAACAAGAAAUUAAAGACACAUUUUGACAGCGGUAGCAACGACGGUGGGAGGGCCAAGAGGGACAAACUUGAAAUUAGUCCAGACUCAGUUUCUCUUGCUGAACAGGAAGCCAUUGCUCUCAAGUUGUUGAGUUCCAUGCACUCUUAGCAGAUUGAUAUUUCGCAAGUGCGAUACUGAAAUCCAACUGCUUUUGAGUACAAGUUACCUUCUAAUGUGAACUUUUAUCUGUGUUUAACAUAUUUCCCCCUUCUUUUUCUCAUAACAGUUUUGAUAUCUGAUGUAGAAAGAAAAACCAAUUAUACUAUAUGUGCCUUCUUUAAAUACAAUUGUUUGAAAAUUUGAGGGCAAUCGAUGAACCUAGUGAUAAGUUCGACUUGGAUGGUUUCCCCUUUGAUCUCCGUCUCCUUUAGGAAAAGUGUCCGUGCUAUUCUCAUAACAAAACCCUAAGCUCAGAAGUUGCGAACAUCAAUUAUAGGAUGCUGAAAUAUACUACCCCAUCCGAAAUGCCUUAACUAGAUCUACCGCCAUGGAACUUUCAUAUUCACUCUUCAUCUUAUUACACAAGAAAGAUAUUCCAUCUUCACACCUUUAAUGAAAACCCUAGUGAGCAUCAAUCAUGAGUAAUCCAAAACUGAUUACAAUAAGAUGAAGAGAGCAUUGGGAAUUUCAAACAGGGUUAAAUCAGAACUGAUUUAACAACAACAAAAAUGGUAUGUAAAACCUAAAACAACACAGAAAAACCUAAAUCGUAGAUUUAUUGGGGAACCCUUUAUUCAAUCUCGUUCUUUUUGUUCAAAAAAUGAUUUUCCUAGACCUAGAGAGAUUACCAAAUUGCUUACUGUGAAAGAUCCUUCUGCUAGUUAUAGAUUUGAUGAAGAACCCAAUUUCAUUUUCGAUGUAUCUAAGUUAAGAGAUAAAUUACUUGAAAAUGCUUCUGAUUUGGUGAAGAUUGAAGGAAUUUUGGAUUCUAGUUAUUUGUUUCCAAGACAUGGGAGUUCGGCUUUUAUUGAGGUGCUUAAUCAGCUUACGUCACGGCCUCAAUUAGCUCUGCAGGUGUUUAGUUGGAGAUUUAAAAAAAAAUCAUGAAGGUUGGGCUAUGGAAACGGAGGAAUAUGCCAAGGGGAUUGUGAUUUCUGGUAGAGUUAAGGAUGCUGACCUCGCCGUUGAGUUGUUUAUGGAGGCUGCUAGUGUGGGGAAGAGGACGGCUUCGACGUGUAAUGCCUUAAUGUCAGCGUAUUUGUACAAUGGUUUGGAUUGGAAAUGUCGGAAGUUGUUUAUUG